ACUGUUCAAACAAGUUGGCGACCGCAGUUGCCGCUGCCCAAAGAGCUGCAGUUAACCGAUGAACGACUCGUCGACGACGACGACGACGAUACGAAAGCGAACCACAACCACAACACAACAACUACAAACCUAAUCCCAGCCAAUAUAGAGAGCCAACACUUUGAGGAUAUGGAACGUCUGCGUAGUCAUCACCAACAACAACAACAGAGCUUGGGAGGCUCUGCCCAACAGUUGUCGAACAAACAGAAAUGGUCCUUUGGCCGACUGUUUCGCAAGAAGAAGGAGGAGGAGGCGGAGGGGAGCGCUAGUUCGAGUGAAGAGGAUCGCAAAGCGGGUUUUGUGCCCUCACAGCGUCAGAGCGCCUCCAAACCCAAGUCGAAGCAUGCGGGAAAAUCCGUACGAAGCAGCAAUAAAUCCUUAGGCUUCGAUCACAUUGUAAUGCCAUCAGCUGCAGCCCCGCAACCGCCACCGCAUCCCGCACAGCCGCAGCACAUAGACAACGAGUUCUUUUUGCCCGUUGAAAUGGUGCCACCCGAACCGUACUAUCAAAACCAACCGGGUUACUACAAUCGCUCGAGUAACUCCCUCGAUCGUCGAUUGUACCUCAAUCAACAGUUGGCGCCGGCGCCACACAAAUCCCGCUCGGCGCAACGUGGCAAACAGCAGUUGCAACCCGGGGUGCACUCCAGCGAGGAGGAGCUCAUCUCGCUGAACUCCUCCACGUUCUCGAAGUACCGCAGCGACGAGAGCAUUCACAGCGGUGGUCAGGCGUUGCACGGUGUUGCGCCGGGACAAAGUCGCCGCAGUCGUGCGGCACGCAACGAACGCUACUACAAGCGUUUGUCGCGUGAUGGGGAAGUCAGUCAUGGCGGCGUGCCACCGCAGUUCCAACAGCAGCAGCAACAGCAACCGUUGCAGACGCAACGCUACAAGACGCAACCGCUGCCGUUGUCCAUCUAUCAAGCACCUCCUCAGAGCAACUCGAACUCCAACUCCGGUUACGUGCAGUGGCAGCCACAAGCUGCAACGCGUCCGCUGCAGAACUCCAUGCAGAGCGAUUGCAAGCGUAGCAUCAGCUAUGACAGUCACAUCCAUUUGCAGAAUGUGAAUGGACGCAUGCAGAGUAAACCGUUGCCACCGCCUCCGCCACCGCGUGAUCCUUUGCGUCGGGUGCACGUGAUGGGAUCGAGUUCGGGUGAUUUGCGUCCCGUUUCGUAUGCUUUUGAUCAGGGCGGUCGCUGUGUGUCCGAUGAUCGCAUUUGGCAGCCACCGCACUAUCAAUCGGUGCAUUCGCUGAACUCGCAGCCCAGCAGUAGCAUUGUGAGUGCCCCAUCACAGCAGCAAUCGCAUCCUCAUCGUCGCUUCAUCACGCGCAACGAACGCAAUGCGCUGCCUGGCAAGAAAUCCCUGCCCAAUGGCAUCGAUUUCCAUUAUGUGGCCGAUGCCACGCCGCGCUCCCGCAAACCCAUUCACAUGCUGGAGGCGAGCAGCGGCUCGUUGCAGGAGCCGCCGUCCAGCGGAGUCCUGCGCACCUCUAAGAGCGGAUUGCCCACCGACAACUGGCAACAGCAGCAGCAACAGUCAGCUCAACGUGCUGCUCCAGCGCUGACCAAGCCACGCUCCAUUUCUAGCUCACGACUAAGUGAACUGCGCAGUUAUCCCAUGCCCAUGUACUCUGAGGUGCAGAAACCCAAGCGUCCCGCACCGCCUCCGACUGCGAUGGAGCCAGAUAACAUUGUCUGCGGCAGCUUGCACAUUAAACCCGGCGCGGAACAGCGCAAUCAAAACGUUGUGGAGAUACGUAAUAAGACCAACUCGAUGCCGCAUCACUAUCAACGACGUUCGGGCGAGGAUUUGCCCAACAAGUACGAGGAGUAUGUGGCCGAGAAACGCGAGCAGCAUCAACAGGCGCCGGCGCCCGUUUUUCCCGCCGCCUCCGAGCGCAAAGCCAGCGCACCAGCAAUUGCUCCCAUCUACUUCCCGCGCAAGAAGCCGGCGAAUCUGGAGGAGGCCAUCAACGAGUUGGAGGCCAUCUACAAGUCCCUGGGACUCACCGAGCCACCAGAGCCAAAGCCAGAACCCAAGGUGGAGGCGAAGCCACGCGCUCCCACGCCCAGUGACUUUGAGAAGUUCGCCUUGGCGCAUGCGGAUGAGUAUGACGAUGAGGAUUCACCUACCGGUGAACCUGAUCCAGUGCGCGAUGAUGUGGCGUAUCGCAAUCUGCAGCUGAGCAACUUGCAGCAUCGUGCCAGCGAAAAGCAACCUCCAUUUGGCAUCCCUGUGGGACCCAUUGUGCCUGCACCUCAGAGCGAUUAUUUGCACGUCGAGCCUGUGCGUGCGCCGAAGAAGAAGAGCGGCUCCCCGGACAUAGUCAAGGAUGAUUUGGCUGUGCGUGCGCUGCGUAAAGAUCCGCCAGGACCCAAGUCGAGCUUUGUGUAUCCCAUGCAGAAGAAACAACGUGCCACACGCACGCAAUCCGCCAACAUUUACAAUCUGAUACAGCGCGAUGCAGCGAAGCCUUCAGGAGGAGAUCUGAGUAGUUACAUGGAGCUAACCCGCAGCAUUGAACGUGCGGGUUCGUUGUCGAAUCUAGGUGGAGCAACGGAAACAAGCGACACCAGCGAUGUGCCAGCUACGUUAGAUCUGCUGCGCAAGCUUAAAGCUCAGGACGAAGAGCAAUCGAAGAAUAAGCCACAUAUACCAUUCAGGCAUCCCAGUCAAGGUGGAGCCAUUGCUCAGCUCCCAGAGCGUCUGGGUCAGCAUGAGGAGACGCCAAACAGGCUGGCGCCGGUGCCAGCGCCACGUAAGAGCUUGACACCUGAACCUUUGCUAGAGGAUGCAUUGAACAAAAUAGCGCUGGAUGCGCAGGCGAGCAGUAUCAAGUUGACGCAGGAGUUGCAAGAGCUGCGCAAGGAAGCUCUUAUUACAGCGGCGCGUCCCAAACUAAACGCUGAACAACAAAAGCUGGAGCAGGAGCUGCAACAGAUUGAAGCGGUGUCCGAGGCAGCCAAACGGUGUGGCCAACUGUUGCUCGACACGCUGCCCGACAAUGAUGAGCUGGACAGCUCACAGCAAGAGCAACCGCAGCCUCGCAAGCUGCACAAGGAGGGUAAACUGAUCAAGGCCAUCGAUGAGGUGUCCGAGGCAGCGAAUGCGGUGUGCGACAAAAUCCUCAAGGACAUUGUGACCACAGAGCCACCCGUGGUGGUGCAUGAGGCUGUGAAAGUGAAGCAGGUGAUCCACAACAACAAUGGCGAACAAUUGGUGAUGCCGCAUCUGAUCAAGAAACUGGAUCCCAUACAGUCGGACAAGAUCGAGGCGAUUGCCAAGCGUUGCAUGCGUCAACUGAGCGAACUUGCGGAUGCGCAGCCGGACUACGAUAAUUUGGCCGCCUGUAAUAUGAGCACAGCUGGGGGGAGCAGCAGCCGUUGGGAAGCAGCAGCAGCUGAUGCCACUCUCAUUUGUCCCAUUGCAGAGACGAAGAAGAGCACUUUUGAGGACAUCGAUAAGAUAAUGCAGGAGUGCGAGCGACAGGCACGCGGUGGCAGCAACAGCUCGAGUACUGAUGAUCAACGGACGACGGCUCCGAGCAUGAGCAGCGGCAGUGUGAGUGGUAAUGCAACCACAGUUAGCACCACAGCAUCAUCGUUUAGCUCGAGCAGCGAUUGUUUGGCCAAAUCAUCGAGUCCCUCGACCGCGAGUCGCCCGAUGUCCUCGAGCAUUACGUCAUUCAAUCCGUACUCAUCGAGUGAUUACAUUAAAUCGCAGAGCAGCGAUUAUCAUGCACCCAGCACCGAUCCCAUCAAGACAUUCAGCACCACAUCGUACGAUGUGCAAUCGACGCCCAACAACAGCAGCACCAUGAGCACCAACAACAACAUAACCACACAGAGCACUCUCAGCACCAACAACAACAGUAACAGUAACAGUAAUAGUAACGACGGCACGAGUGAACAUCAAACCGCUGGCAGUAGUCUUGGCUACUCGCUGCCUAUAUCGCCGACAUCCUCCGCCGCCUCGUCGCCAGCAUUGCAACUGACGCCGGUGGGUGAGCGGCGAGCACGCUCCUCAUCGCCGUCCCAGUACAAUUCCAGCGAGGAGUUGGCCGCCAUUUUUGGCAUCGAGGAGCAGCCGAAAAAUAAACAGCAGCAUCAGCAGCAGCAGCAGCUGCGACACAAGCAAUCAGAAACCAUUGCGGCCUCAAGUGACUUAUCCACAGCAUCUGCCACUGCCAAAACUAGCUGCCAGCAACAACAACCGCAAUCACAACAGCAACAGCAACCACAACCACAACCAUCUGACGAAUCUGUGGGCACCGAAUCGAAAGUCUCGUAUCGUGGACAACAUCCGCACUUUCAUCAUCAUACAACGCCCGCUUACUACACGGAUCUCCAGUUGCGCAUCCAUACGCCAAAUGCAUCGGAUGUCGGUGCCUUGAACGAGAACUAUCAGAGUGUUUACAGCACCCCGAGCACACAGCUGGUGGAGCAACGUAGCUUCCCCAAGAGCAGCACAGCGACAGUUGGACCGCAACGUUCAGCGUUUUUUCGUCUUGGCGACACUGUUUCGACGGACAGCAGCAACAACACAAGACGCCAGCUAAGAAGCAGCAAGGAACGUUGCGCCAAAUCCUUGCCACCGUCUGUGAGCCCUACAAAAGGUGAACAACAGCAGCAGCAGCAGCAGCAGCAAAGCAAUUCUUCUCCCCGUAGUCAUAGUAAAUCACCAUCCAUUGCCGUAGUAGAGCCAGCUAGUCAAGUAGUUGUUGUCUCGAUUCCAGUAGCAACCACAAAUAGUAACAACAACAGCAACAGCAGCGGACGCAGCAGUCGCCAUACGCAGCGAUUUCAGCAACGCUCGAAGCGUGCGGUGCGAGUGCGAAGCGAAUCGCGUCCGAUUAGCGCGCUGUACGACAUAAUAUGCAAGGAGAAGGGUCUCGACGUUGGGGACACCACAACAACGAGCAACAGCAACAGCAGCAACGACGAGGAGCAGCCCGAGAAACAGCAACCGCAAUUGGAACGACCAACACAACAGCAGCAACAAAAAAGCAACACGCUGGCGACCUUUUGGCCUUUGCACCACCAAUACCACAGAGCCGCAAUGAGCGGUGCCAAGCAGCAGCAGCAACAGCAGCAGCCAUCCACGGAGCAGCUGGAUAAGCAGCUGACCAAACAGAAACGCAUUCACAAGCAUACCAACGAUCACGAUGAUGAUGGCACCAGCGAUGAUGAUGAGAAUGGUGCGUUAUAUGCUCUGCACUCUAGUCACAAGGUAACCGAUCUGAGUUGCAUCAAGGCCAACUCGCUGCCACCCACAGACUACCUCAAGCAGCAGCAGACAACAGCAGCAACUGGAGCUGGAGCAGCAGCAGCAGAGCAACCUUCACAAAUUGUGGAGACACGAUUGCGCUCAGCUAAAAGUCUGGAGCCGGUGGCCAAGAAGCGUCAACAGGUGCUGCUUAGUCAGAGUGAUAUGAUGCCCGUGAAUACGGAACGCAUGUUUGUUGAGCCACCGAAAAUGUCGCUGCCCGAGCUCAAGAGUUGUCUGGACAAGAGCAAGGAGGAGCCGCAAGGGAGCAAAGAGCAACAGCAACCAGAGGAAUUGUUUGAUCAGGGCGAGGUGCUUGAUACGCUGGCGCGUUGGCAACAGGAGCUGAGCUCCACCAUUGACAAGUCGGCGAAGUUUUUAAACGGUCAUCACCAUCACCAACAUCAUCAUCAAGAUCAUUAUCAUCAUAGUGCAUCUCCCACAUUCGAUCAUCAUCAGCCGCCAGUUGCAGUAGAAAUUCAUUCACCUGCACUUGAAUCGAUUCAGGCACAGCCUCGAUCCAAUCAUCAGGCAACUAAUGCGCGCAGAUUCAUAACGCGCACUCCGCGCUCCGCCAGCCGCCAAAGUGCGGGACACUCGUCACCGCCACCGCCAGCAGCCGGCUAUCACAGCGAUUCAUCCUACAGUUCACCAUCGCCCACACGUCGUCAACAGCAACUAGCAACAGGAGUAACAACUGGAGCAGCAGCAACUGGAAGCAGCGGCGCUGCAGAUCCGCAAUCGUCAACAAAUGGGAAUAGCUCCGCUUAUGAAACGGCUGCCACAUCUGUGAUGACACACGCCAAGCCGGCACCAGAGCAACUGCAUUCGCAUUCGUCGCAAGAAGUUGAAGUUCCUAAGGCCACAACGCCAUCUCAGUCUCAGACAAACGCAACGUCCAACGUUAUCAUACGCCCCGCAGCCAUCAACUCAGCUGCCGCUGGAAGCGUCAACAAAUGCAGCAUUCAUUACGCUUACACCAGCAACAACAACAACAACAGCCACAGCUGCAGCAGCAGCAACACUAACAGCUACAGCAACAACAGUCGCUUCAGCCGCUUCAGUCGCAGCAACAACAACAGUCACGCCACGCCCAUGCCGCCCAACAGCAGCAAAGCGCCACUAAUUGUGCUCAAACCAGGAACAACAGCAGCAGCAACAGUAGCAACAACUGUUGCAAGUGCAACAUCGACAACAUCGACAGCAGCAGCGUCGCCGUCGCCUUCAAAGCGUCGCAAAAAUUUGCUAUCGCCGCUGCGUAUUGGCAGCGCUGUGGGUGGCAAUUAUACGCCUCCUGGUGCCACGCCUCCGCAGGCCAGUCCACUUUUGAGCAGCUCCUCAUCCUCGCCCCAAACCUCGCCAGCGGUGCGCACCACCAAAGCCAGUCGACUGCGUGCCGCAGCGCUCGAUCGCAAAAAGGAGGAGGAACAUCAUCAACAGCAGCGUCAACGCUACAGUUCACCCAGCUCUCUGCGCACCAGCUCCACGCCACCAACGCGACGUCUCAGCAGCUCGGAACUGUCGCCCAAAAGCAACGGCAGCGGCUUCAACUCGGAGCCAAGUGGCAGCUCGACGAGACAAACUGCUGCAACACGUUCGGCUUCACAGCCGGCGGAAUCUGGAGGAGCAGAGGGACGACGUCCCUUGUUGUUGGCCAACGCGAAUAACGUGUCCAUGAAGCAGAAUCUCAGCGAGUUGCACUUCACCGGCGGCAUCCUCAGUCCCGCCAACAAGGUGGAGUGCACGCUCCACAUGAGACCGCGCAGCUCCACGCUCUGCGCCGAUGCGGAGAAAAAUGGCUUGGGCAGCUCGGCAGCGGGUAAAGCUCGGGAUCAUCUGGCCAAUUUGCAACUGAGUCCUGUGCAGAAGCACAAGCGAACUCCGGAAGCCUCACCCUUGCCACGUCGCGCUGGCGAUCGCGAUAAAUCGGCGAAACGCAAAUCGAAUUUGAAUCGAUCAUACAACGAGGAAGCCACCAAGGAUGGCGAUGAGGCGUCGUCAACACGUCGUCGACGUCGUCGUGAAUUGGGCAUGGCCCGACCUCUGAUGCCUGGGGAUGAUGAAUCGUUGCGUGAGCUGUUGCUGUCACCGCAGAAGAGUUCCUGCAGCGAAUCGACCUCGAAAUCGGAGUCGGUCCAUCAAGCGGCACGCGGCAUUAAUCAGAAGUUCAAUGAGCGCACCAAAACGGAGCUGGCCGAGAUCAAAAAGAUUGCCGAACAGGCGCAGGCUGUGGGCAGUGAUGAGCAGCAGCCCCCGGAAUUAAAAAUGUCACCCAUACUGCGACGCAAGAGCACGGAUGAUGUGACAGCAGCUGCCACUGCAACGACAGCUUCUGCUGCCACUCAGAACUCGCCGCCUGCACCCAAUCAGAUUGUAUCCAUCUUGAAGAAGAAGGAGCACGCUUUUGGCGAGUGCAAUUCGAGUGCCUCGAGCAAUGCGUCGCCUGUCACCUUCUCGGCCAAUGUGCUGGACACACCGCUCGCCGGCAGUCGCAGCAAGCGUCAGGGCAUCCUGAAGAAGCGAUCCAGCUUGGAUGAGUCGCGUUACUACUCACGCUCCCAUUCGCCCGAUGAACGCAGCAUACUUAUCAAGUCAGCGCGUAGAAAUUCCUUGGAGGAAGCAGGCUGCUCGCUAAGUCCGGCUCAGGCACAUGGCAUUCUUAAGCAGAGCAGCUAUGACAGCAGCAAGAGCGAUGGUUGCCCCUCGGCCAAUGAAUGCCAACCGCACAGCAUCCUCAAGAAGAAGGAUUCGCUCUCAACACCCUCGGAUGGCGGUGGUCAUGUCUCGAAGCAUGUUUCCAUCUCCCAGGCGGUCACUUUGGCUGCUGCCGAGUUGGCGGCACACGAUGACAUUGUCGGACUGGAGGAUGGCGAGGAACAUGAGGGCAUUAGACCCAUACUGAAGCAAGAGAGCACCUCCAGCGAGGAGGCAGCACGUCCACCGAAACCGAUACUCAAGAAGAAGUCCUUCGGCGAAGCGGAUGAGCAUGAAAUUCGUCCCAUACUCAAGAGCAGCCGCAAGAGCAGUCGCGAGGAAUUCGAUUUGACGGGACUCCGUCCGGAUGCCAACGAUACGGUGGCCUCUGAUGCCAUGCGUCCCAUCCUCAAGACGGAUUCGCCAUCCAAGCGACGUUCGCUGGGCUCCGCUCAACGCUCCGAAGAGGAGAAUGCCAACAGUUUGCUGAAGCGACGCACACGAUCGCUGGAACGUCAGGAUACGGCACCAGUGAUUGAUCUGGCUGCCGCCUUGGAUGCCAUUACUAUUUCACAGGCACCCUCGACUCCCGUGGACUUUGUGGCAACCGCAUCAAGUAUUUCGGUUGCGGAUCGCAUCAAGCACAUGGAAAUGCUAUCGACUCCAACUUCUCGAACUGCGGGCGGCAUCAACAGCAGCUGGGAGUCGCCAUUGCAGCAGACGCCAAGUUCGUUGCACGACUCGAGUGCAGCACCAAAGCUGUUGAAGCCCAGCGUAUUACGACGAGAUCUCUACAGGGAUCGCUACAAGACACAGCCGGUGACCAACGAGGAGAAGAGCUUCUUUAAAGCCAACUCCACGCCCUUUGACAUCUCGGCCACGUCGGCUUUCAAGCCCACCAAACCGCUGGAGAUUCGCAACGGUUCGCAGCAGCAACAACAACCGCUAAUCUCGCCCAUCACUGGACAACCGCUGAGCCACGUGCCCGCUCCCUUGCUGCUCUCCUCAUCGACACUCUCAGGCGCCGGCGCCUCGUUCCGUUUGGCGCGCAGCUCAACGCAACCGCUGCAAUCGCCGCGCGUCGCUCAUUUGGCCGCACAGGGCGGUGGCACUUUGUCACGCCAGCAUUCGGUCAACGAUAGCGUCAGUCUUGGCGAGCAGUUGACACUCUCGGUGGGCAACGACAGCGAACGAAUCUUUGAGAUGUCCGGCUUGGAUGAUGACUCGGCGAUUCAGUCGCUGGGCGACGAUGCUUCCACCAACACCAGGUCAAGUGGGGCGACGGCAACCACAUCAGGGGCAGCAGCGGGAGGAUCAGGUGUGGGCGUGGCACGCAGCAGCAGUGUGAGAGCACGGGCCAACAUGUUCCAGCAGCUGCAGCAGCAGGAGCAGACACGCAGCCGCAGGGGAGACGGCAGCACAACUUCUCGCCACUCGCCGCCUCCGUCGGCAUCAAGCGCCAACGUAACCGCAUCGCUCGGCUCGCCGUCAAACGAAGAGCCGAGCACGCCGAACACGACGCAGGAUACAACCGAUGCGGACUUUGGCAAACCCAAGGGCAUUCUGAAGGGGGGCAAACCCUUGCCCGGCAUGGGUCGCGGUCUGAUGCCCAUCGAUCUGAAUGCCGAGCUCAAGAAUCGCCUGCAACGUUCGACGCAUGCCACAGUCUCGAAUCUGCGCAAAUCGGCGACCACAGCGAACGCGACACGCGAUGAGCUGGACAACAGUGCAUCGACGAAUCCGCAGCGAAACUUGGCGCAAAUCUUACGCAAUGUAUCCAAGGAGAAUGCCACGCCCCCGUCAGCCAGCGCCCAACACGAUGAUGCAGUGAGUCUGGUGCGAAAUUUGGCCACCUUGGGAGCACCUCGAACUGUGGAAGAUUCCACCGGAGGCAACAAUUGCGCCUCCGCCUCAGAGGGCGAAAGUUCUGGCGGUCGUGAGAUCGAAGCCAUUAUCAAGAACAGCGCUGUGGCCAGGCGACGUCGCCAGCAACAACAGCAACAACAACAACAACAGCAGCCAGAUGGCAAUCUCAUUGCGAAAAGCAAAAGUCACUCGGGCAUAGCUGGCGUUGGAGUUGGAGUCUUACCCAUUGGCAUUGGCCCCCAGGUGUUGCCUCCACUUGGCAUCGGCGGGUUUGUCAAGUUGCGUCAUGUAGCUGACGAUAAGCCGAGCACAUCAACAACUAAGGAACCGCAUCAAACUGAAGACGCCGAUAAGCAACAGCAGCAACAAGAGCAAGAGGAAACAACACUCGAUACAACAGCAGACACAACAACAGAGAACAUGGGACCCGAUCAACGCACAAUUGCCAAGACCGGCUCCAUUGCGGAGCGUUUGGCGGCGCUGCAGAAGAGCGGCGAGGAUGAUUGGAAGAAACGCAUCUCAAAGCGCGACGAAGUUGACGACAUCAAACGCGAAAACUUUGUGAAUGAAUCACUUUCUUUGGCGCAUUCGCUCUCCGACAAACCUUUGCCACCAUCACCACUAAUCGCAAGCUUAGAGGGCGGCAAAGUAUCUGAUCGAUUGGGUAAACUCCGGUUCAACUCGGAGAACUGGAAGCAGCGCGUAGAACCAACUGAUGCCAAGAAGUACACAGUCGCCGGACGACUGCAGAAGAAGUCGCAAUCGCCCGUUGAGCUGCAGUUUGAGCGUGCUCCCAACGAUGCCGCCAAGAAGUGUCCCAUGCUGGAGGUGCGCAGUGCCAAUCAGCCGCAACUCGGCCUCGCCAAGAGUCCCUCGAUGAUGGUCGGCAGCACAAACACGAAGAUCGCAGCACAGCGUAGCUUGAGCGUGGUCAAUGCACAGGAUGAGGAACCUGCGCUAAGUCGCAGCAACAGCAGCAGCUCCGAUUCGGAUGCCGAACGGAGUUCGCCACGCAAUGCGAAGCUGGACAAGGAGUUGGCCAACAAUAAGAGUGCGGCAGCUGCCACAAAUAUUGGGGCACGCAUACAAGUGCCGCGUCUGGACGAUGAGGAGACCUUCGAAAACUUCUUUGCCUCGCAGUCCAAGAAGCCGGAGAACAGCGAGGAAACGCAGCUGGAGAUUAGCGCCUUCGAUGAAAUUAAACCCACAGAGCGUCUGGUCAGCAAGCGCAAUAUACAAGGCCCCAAGGGACGUCGUGCCGCACGCAAUCCACUCAAGAGUUUGGCCCAACGCAGCGACAUUAGCUCCGAAUACACAGAGAUCAAAACUGGCAUCGCCGAGCGCGAAUUGCGUCGCCAAAAGCUCGAGUCAUAUGGACAACGCGGCAAUCUGGCAGCUGAGGCCAUUGCAGGACUCGCCUCCAUUGAGGACUUUAAGGCGGUGGCAUUGAAAUCUUCUUCACUGCCACUGCAGCAAAUGUGGCUGCCCCACAAGUCGCUGAUGCUGUUGCAUGUCAAGGGACGCACUCACGUCCAAACACGUCUCGUGGCUCCCAAUCAACUUUCGCUGAAUCGUGGCGAUUGCUUCAUUCUUGUAGCGGGUGCACAACUUUUCCGCUACGUCGGUUCGUUUGCUAAUGUCAUAGAGAUCUCGCGUAGCAAGAAGAUUUGCGCUGCCAUCGUGGAGAACAAGGAUCUAGGCUGCACAGCUGCCCAAGAAGUUAUACUAACCGAUGGCAAGUAUGUGAACGAGCGACAGUGGCGUCAAUUCUGGACGCUGCUUGGACAGCCGGAUGAACAGCAACUGCAGCAACCGGAGAUUGCGGAUUGCGGCCAUGCGGAUGAGGACGAUGUAUUCGAAAGCAGUUUGAUCGAAACAAACAAGAUCUACGAGUAUCAGGAUGAGACGCUGGUGCCUCUGGAUAAAUAUUGGGGCUGCAUUCCUAAGGUGGAGAUGCUCGAUACACGCAAAGUGCUCGUCUUUGACUUUGGCAGCGAACUCUAUGUGUGGAAUGGCAAGAAUGCGCCUUCGGAUGCCAAGCGCGCUGCCAUGCGUUUGGCACAGGAACAUUUCGGAGCCACCGAUGCUGCUGACUAUGCCCAAUGCUAUUUGAAUCCUCUCAACUAUGCGGCGAUCGUCGGCAGACGCGAUUCUACGAAGUAUGCUAAGCGCACAGCAGAGCGUCCUGAUUGGUGUGUGCUCGGCAAGAUUACACAGAACAUGGAGACGGUGCUGUUCAAGGAGAAGUUCAGCGAUUGGCCCGAGUUGGAGCGUGAGGAUCUCGAGAAGGAUUAUCUGGCGAAUGGAGUGCAUGUAGUGCGUGCUCUCAAUGGCGUCGCUUUGCACAAGGGCGAAGCGUAUCAGGAACCGAAUUUGGUGCUCGAACAAUCGAAUCUGGGACGUGGCAACUUCUACUAUGACAACGACACGAUGCGGCACUUUGAUGUGAUCACCAAGUCCACGGACAAAUGGCAGAUACACGAGUUCAACUUUGAUUCAGCCGAAGCACGCGAGGAUUACGCACAUUUCUAUUCCGCUGAGAGCUACAUUGUGCGCUGGGUCUAUCAGAUCUCGGUGACAGUGCGAGAAUUGAGUGGAAAGGUCUCGAAUCGCAGCACUGUGGGACGCGAUCGUUGCGUCUACUUCACCUGGCAGGGUCAGGACUCGAGUGCCAACGAGAAAGGCGCCGCUGCGCUGCUCACCGUCGAGCUGGACAAGGAGAAGGGCGCUCAGAUGCGUGUGGCCCAGGGUGAUGAGUGCACCGCCUUUGUGCGUCUCUUCAAGCAGCUGUGGCAGCAUCAGGGACGCAAGGAGCAGUGCCUGGCUCGGCGUGCCAGCUGGCGUUUGUAUCAGCUGCAAGGCAACGUGACCGAGGAGUCGCUGCUCAAAGAAGUCGCCUGCGAAUCGCGUCAGUUGCGCUCACGCAGCUCGAUGCUGCUGUUGCAUGGUGCCGAGGGGCAAGUGUUGCUCUGGCAUGGUUGCAAGAGUGCAGCACACACACGCGCUGUGGCUUUGGCUGCAGCUGAAGCGCUCAUCGAGCAGCUGCCAACGGAUCUGUUUAGCUGCGAGAGUGCCACACUGCUGCAGAUCGAAGAAGGCGAAGAGAACGCUGUGUGCAAGCAGGCCUUGGGUCUGGAGGAGCAGCGCAACUAUGGCAGCUUGUUGGGCAACAGCAAGAUCUACGAUUAUACGCUGCGACUGUUUAACUUUUCGAGCACACAGGGCAUCUUCAAGGCGGUGGAGCUAAUGGAUCCUCUGCGCUGUCAGGAUCGCCACAGUCCGUAUCCGUUUGCACAGGCGCAGCUGUACAACGCACGACAGCCGACCAUCUUCCUGCUCGACGAUGGCGACGAGCUGUGGUUGUGGAUGGGCUGGUGGCCACUCGAGGAUGUUAAGAUCAACUCGGAGGAGCGCAGCAGUCCCACCAACGACAAUCGUGCGGGUGUCAACCGCUUGAUCUCAGAGCGACGCGCUGCCCUCGAGACGGCCGUCGACUAUUGGCGUGCCAAGCACGGCGACAACGAGGCCGCCGCCUUCCACGGCAUCAAAGGACACGUUGUCUGGGCUGGACUCGAGCCGCUCGCUUUCCGCGCACUCUUCCCCGACUGGACUGAGCGCGAGGAUGUGCGUGAAAUCAAUCUAGAGGACGGGCGCAGCGAUGUGGCCACGCCCAUUAGCGAAAUGCUCGCACAAAUGACCCAAACCGAGUAUCCACUGGAGGUGCUAAAGGCGCGUCCGCUGCCCGAGGGCGUGGAGCCCACACGACUGGAGCUCUAUUUAAGCAGCGAUGAUUUUCAGCUGGCGCUUGGCAUGAGCCGCGAGGAGUUCGAACAGCUGCCGGUGUGGAAGCAGACCAAGCUGAAGAAGGAGCGCGGACUCUUCUAGAAGAAGAGAGAUCGGAUCUACUAAGAAAUGCAACCAUAUAGACUUGAACACAAUCACAAACAAAAUAACUUUUGUAUGCACAUUUACAAUCUCGAAAGAGAACUUAAUGUAUUUCGAUUAGAACUAUUUACAAACACACACAC